CGGCUUCGGGGGUGGGGAACAGCGCAGGGAGGUGGGUAGUCGGGCUCCCAGGCACGUGGGUCUCUGCGGCGGCGGCGGGACGCGGGCACUGGCACCCGGGAGCGGCGGCGACGGCACCCCGAGCGGAGAAGCGCAGCGCAGGGGCGAGAGGAAACCACAUGACUGCAAUGUGAAAAGUGGACAGACGGGGCAGGGGUGGAGGCACGGAGGCCAGUGAGGAGGCUGGUGCUGUGGACUGUGGAAGCACAGGCCUCAGGCUGCAGUGUGGGGACCGCGUGGCGCAUGUCCGAGGAAUUUCACUGGUUGAACUAACAGGACUUGGAGCCCCCUGUGGCGGCAGCACUGCUUGCCCAGAAAAAUGCUGGAGGCUGGGCGUGGCCCCAGGCCUGGGGACCUGUUUUUCCUGUUUCCCGCAGAGUUCCCUGCAGCCCGGUCCAGGCGUGUGCAUUCAUGAGUGAGGAACCCAAGCAGGCGCUGAGCAUCCUGACCUGGAGAGCAGGGGCUGGUCAGGGCGAUGGCAGCAGACCUGGGCCCCUGGAAUGACACCAUCAAUGACACCUGGGAUGGGGAUGAGCUGGGCUACAGGUGCCGCUUCAACGAGGACUUCAAGUACGUGCUGCUGCCUGUGUCCUACGGCGUGGUGUGCGUGCUUGGGCUGUGUUUGAACGCCGUGGCGCUCUACAUCUUCUUGUGCCGCCUCAAGACCUGGAAUGCGUCCACCACGUAUAUGUUCCACCUGGCUGUAUCUGAUGCACUGUAUGCGGCCUCCCUGCCGCUGCUGGUCUAUUACUACGCCCACGGCGACCACUGGCCCUUCAGCACGGUGCUCUGCAAGCUGGUGCGCUUCCUCUUCUACACCAACCUUUACUGCAGCAUCCUCUUCCUCACCUGCAUCAGCGUGCACCGGUGUCUGGGCGUCUUACGUCCCCUGCGCUCCCUGCGCUGGGGCCGGGCCCGCUACGCUCGCCGGGUGGCCGGGUCCGUGUGGGUGUUGGUGCUGGCCUGCCAGGCCCCCGUGCUCUAUUUUGUCACCACCAGCGCGCGCGGGGGCCGCGUAACUUGCCACGACACCUCGGCGCCCGAGCUCUUCAGCCGCUUCGUGGCCUACAGCUCAGUCAUGCUGGGCCUGCUCUUCGCGGUGCCCUUUGCCGUCAUCCUUGUCUGUUACAUGCUCAUGGCUCGGCGACUGCUAAAGCCAGCCUACGGGACCUCGGGCGGCCUGCCUAGGGCCAAGCGCAAGUCCGUGCGCACCAUCGCCGUGGUGCUGGCUGUCUUCGCCCUCUGCUUCCUGCCCUUCCACGUCACCCGCACCCUCUACUACUCCUUCCGCUCGCUGGACCUCAGCUGCCACACCCUCAACGCCAUCAACAUGGCCUACAAGGUUACCCGGCCACUGGCCAGUGCUAACAGUUGCCUUGACCCUGUGCUCUACUUCCUGGCUGGGCAGAGGCUCGUACGCUUUGCCCGAGAUGCCCAGCCACCCACUGGCCCCAGCCCUGCCACCCCGGCUCGCCGCAGGCUGGGCCUGCGCAGAUCCGACAGAGCUGACAUGCAGAGGAUAGAAGAUGUGUUGGGCAGCAGUGAGGACUCUAGGCGGACAGCGUCCACGCGGGCUGGUAGCGAGAACACUAAGGACAUUCGGCUGUAGGAGCAGAACAGUUCAGCCUUCGCGGGUUUAUACUGGGAAGCUGUAGAGGACCAGGACUUGUGCAGAUGCCACGGUCUCCCCAGAUGUGGACCAUCAGUGACUCAUGCUGGAUGACCCCAUGCUCUGUCAUUUGACAAGGGCUCAGGAUAUUCGCUCUGUGGUCCAGAGUCAACUGUUCCCAUAACCCCUAGUCAUCGUUUGUGUGUAUGAGUUGGGGGAAUUAAGUUUCAAGAAAGGCAAGAGUUCAAGGUCAGUGACACCCCUGGCCUGACUCCCACGCAAGUAGCUGGCUGUACUGCCAAGGUACCUAGGUUGGAGUCCAGCCUAAUCAAGUCAAAUGGAGAAACAGGCCCAGAGAGGAAGGUGGCUUACCAAGGUCACAUACCAGAGUCUGGAGCUGAGCUAUCUGGGGUGGGGGCCAAGUCACAGGCUGGCCAGAAAACCCUGGUAAGUAAUGAGGGCUGAGUUUGCACAGUGGUCUGGAAUGGACUGGGUGCCACGGUGGACUCAGCUCUGAGGAGUACCCCCAGCCCAAGAGAUGAACAUCUGGGGACUAAUGUCAUAGACCCAUCUGGAGGCUCCCAUGGGCUAGGAGCCAGUGUGAGGCUGUAACUCAUACUAAAGGUUGUGUUGCCUGCU